UAGCCAGCUGGUGAUGGGUUUCAACGGUGAAAAUAACUUGGAUAUUGAUCGACUCACAAUGAUUUUGGAAGACAACCGCGGGUUGCUGAACGACAUGACAACCAAAGAAGCAAACUGCUCCGAUGGCGCAAUGUUGGCAACAUUAUUAUUCGAAUUAGUUGAACAAGCAGCGAUAGGUGGCAAUGCUGAGGGGGGCAUUCGCAGUCCAACUCCUACAUCUAUUUACAUAACUGAAGGCGACGAGGAGUUCGACCAGCAUAGAGGUGCUCCCGUUAGAAUAUACAGCGUGGACGAGAUAAAAGAACACAACUUUAAAGAAGAAGAUACUUCGCCUAGCCGCAUAACUGCACUUGACAUUGCUGCGACAGGCCACAACAACCCCAAUGACAAGACUGUGAAAGCUAUACCCACUGCUGCCCCUACCACCUCCUGCUGUAGAAGGCAUCAUUGCAAUAGCACCGGCAACCGGAUGAAAUUGCCAGCAGCCAAUGCCACAACAGAAUCGCCCACAAUGCAAAUCCACGAUCCAGAAGCUAUGAGUAAAGUUGCAACGACACAAGAAAUUAUUGGUAAUUUGCCGAAAGUUUGGAAAGUGCUAAUAGAGCUUUUAAGUCACCACAAAACAGAGCGCGUGGAAUUUGAGGAACAUGGCGCCAGCGAGGAUUGCUACAAAUCUGCUGAGACGGCGAAUGGACAAAAGGCGGAACUAAGCGUCAGCAAGACAUACAUAAAGUUAAAGGAUCUAAUAUUGGAGAAGAAAUCCCUAGUCAAAGAAACCAAUCGGUUGAAAACUUUAAACUGCCAUCUUGAAUAUCGACUGAAUGAGCAAGAAAAGCGCCUAGGUGCCGUUAGUGUAGAGUUAACAAAAACUUGGCAUUUGGUUGGAAAAAUGCAGCGUCAACAUCGCCAAUUGCACACACAAGAACAAAUAUUGCGUUAUCAACUACAGCAGAAGCGACGCUUACUCAGCGAACUCAAAGACGAGCUGGAGUAUUGUCGACGAAAAUGGGCAGCAGCACGUGCGAAAAACGACGAGAGUCAAGAGCAGUGCAAUGAUUUACGACGUGAAUUUGCAUUACGAAAAUUGGAGCAUGCCAAUAAUUCAGCUGAGAGUGGCUACAGUGACUCAGGACAGGCUUCUGACGAUGAAAUGGCUGCAGCAGCGGCUGAGAAUGUAAAAUCCGGAAUUAAGACAACUGCUUACGAUGGCAGUGGCGGCUGUGUAAGGCGAGUUGGAGGUGCGGCUGCAGUCUGUAGGCGCAAACGGUUGAGGGAAAUGUUCGAACAUACACGCAAGGUAAAGCGCAUGCAAAGCACCUCGCCCGGACGUGCUGACAAUGACACUUCUGAGAUAGUGUUACGUUGGAAUAGUGCCCCACCGAGUUGCGGUUGGCGGGAUGAUGGUGGUUGCAAUGAUGCUGCUGCUAACUUUUAUGACAAUGAAGGUGGUGAUAAUGGAGCGAAUGGGUACGCUGGCGCGGCUCCUGGGGCAGCAGAUAUGGUUCUUAUUACUGCUUCUAAUCGUGGUGCUAUACCUAAAGGUGGUGCUGUUUACAAUGUACACCAGAGUAGAAGAGAACCUUUGAGAGAAGUGCCAACUACUGGCGUGAUCGGUUCGGAUAACUCGCGAGCUGAACGCAUACAUAGACUGGAAGAGCAAUGUAAAUCGUUGAUGCAACGAGUACUCGAAACUUCCGACAAUCGCCAGUGCUUGGAGGUUCAAUUGCGUAGCUUUGAGGAUGAAAUCGCGCCAGUACAAUAUGCUGUGCCGCUAAAUAUUUGUAUAACAAAUAAGCGUGUUGAUCGCAUGACUCGUGCCAAUUCAGUACCUGUUACAGGUACACUUACGCCACGCGAGGAGGAGUAUACACGCAAAAGAUCGGAGCGGUUAGAACGGUUAGAAGAAGAGAGCCGUCAGUUGCUGUCACGCAUCAAACGCACGAGCGACCGAGAUUAUUAUUUGCGGUGUUCCUUGGACCGUUUGCGUCGUGCACCAAGUCGAGAGAGUAGCUUUGAGAAUAAGACUGAAGAGAAGUCUAGUAAAACUACAGAAUUUGUACUCAAAAAAUCUUUACGACAGAUUGAGCAAAUCGAAGGGAAACAAUCUGUAAUUGGGAGCACCUACACAGUGGGAGAACUAGAAGGUGAUGCUAAGCCAAACCCAUUGACAGCUAAUGAAGAGACAUAUACGGCGCACCGAUCUGCACGUCUAGAGCGUCUGGAGAACGAGAGUAGAGAGCUAUUAGGCCGACUUUCAUGCAACAAUGAGCGGGGCCACCAACUUGGCAAUAAAUUGGAAGCGUUACAUGACCAAAUGGGUAAAGCAGAAGCAGCCUGCUUAACUUGGCAGUCUGAAAACAUGUCAACAGCUUCCGUUCCAUUUGUCAACAUUGAGAAACGCCUGAAAAAUAUUGAAAAAAUAUCUUCAAAUCGUAUGGAACGUCUGCGCAUUCUUGAAGAAGAAGGUAAAGAUUUGUUAAACCGAUUGGCAGGCACCUCCGCGCGCGGCUCUGAAAUGAUAAAUCGUAUAGCUGGUCGUGAGAAACAUCGCCAAGCAACGUCCGCGAGUAUCUCUACAGAUGGUAGUGGUGAUGAUGACACCAACAGCGCGUAUGGAAUGGACGAAAAUUCAGUAGCGUCGCUUUUGCCAGCACUCAACACUGCCGCAGGCUCCACUAUUAUGUCUGAAUUGACAGAUCGCGUGAUGACUACGGAAAUACCAAGUCAAACCACUGCACAAGGCGCUAUACCAAAGCAAACUCAUGUGAAGUCUGCCGGACUAAUACUGAAUGCUGCACUUCGAGCCAAGGCUGUUAAAAAUAAAGAAACGAAACAGAACCCUACGUCAGCCGGCGAGAGUUUGGAGGAUAUGGUAAGACGACUUCGGGAAAUGCCUUUCCCGGAGAAACAAAAUAUUGUGACAAAAACUGAAACGAAAGAAGAGGAGCACGCAAAAGAUGAAGAACAACGAAAAUUAAUGAUUGAUGAAGAGCAAAGUAAACGCGAUUCAAGAGAGUGAACAUUUAUAUUUAUAGGUAUUUUACACACAUUUAUAAAUACUUCUUCAUUUUGUGAAAUUUUUACCUAAUACGCGUAUGUAUACAUGUACAUAUGUAUUUAUAGAUACUAAUUGUAUACAAUUUAUGAUAUGUAAAACGUUCGUAACGGUUUGGCUAAAAAAUACUGAACAAUCGGUUAAUUAAUUAAUUAAUUAUUUUUUUUAACAAUACAGAUGUGAAAAAGAAUAUGCAUACUAGUUUUUAAAAAUUUUUGGAAAAAUAAAAAGAUUUUGUUCGUCUUCAACCACAGCGCAUAGCGACUCAAAAAUUCUGAAUAUCAGUGCCUAUUAAACAGGGGAUAACAUAUGUAAGUAAAAAAAUACAUCGAUGUUUUAAAACAAAAACCAUUUCUUGCUCUAUGCUGAAUGUCGUCAUCGUAAUCAUCGACGAUCGUCAGCGCAUUAGUAAAAUGGCUCACGA